AUGUUGUUAAAAAAUUUCGUAGGUGUAAUUUAUCAAAGCCCGAGAAAAGUGUGUGCCACUUCUGGACCCUGUACAUCAACCAGAACGUGUUUUGUUUUGAACGGUUCGCGAUGUUUGAUCGAACUGACCCGUUGUGGUCGCAAAUCAAAUCAGCCAAGUAGUGUUGCUUGGCCAUUGUGCCAACCGACCCGUUGCGGUCGCAAAACAAAUCAACCAAGUGGUGUUGCUUGGUGGCCAUUGUGCCAACCGACCCGUUGCGGUCGCAGUAAUGCCGCUUGGUGGCCAUUGCGUUGUGGUCUCAAAAGAAACGAACUGAGUCGUGGUGCACGUUGGCCAUUAAGCCAGUUGAAUUGUAUAACUAAUUCAGCCGUUCUGGUGACCAACAAAGUAAAACUGGCAGUAUAUCAAAAUGUCACUAUUUUAAGUGUUCGAAGUGGUACACAAAAUCCUUCCGAGUCUUUGAUAACUGGAUCUAAAAAUUGUACGGCUAUGCUUGUUAGUAUUUGCACUGCAUGUUCGGAAUACAGCCUAGAAAAUUCAAUCAAUUUUGAGAAGGGUGAACUUUUUGAAAGAAACCAUGAAUCGAAGAAGAAAAAGAGACAGGGAGCCAUCUCGGAUUCCUCUAAAAAGAAUUCUAAAGGUGCUUAA